UAACAUUUGCAAAACUUAUACUCAAUCAAACAACAUUCUAUCCAUCUAAUUACUUUCCUGAUUAAUAACUCAAUUACAUUAAUUACAAAAAUGGGCAAUCAAGUCUCUAAUUAUGGCUCGCCGGCGACCGGAAAAGUGAUCCUUCUAGAUGGUUCUAUCCAAGAAUUUGACAACCCUUUAACGGUGGCUGAACUAAUGUUGGAGUACCCACAACAAAUGGUGGUUGAUCUAAAAUCAUCAACAACACAGAAAAGAACAACUCCUUUACCAGCUGAUAAAACCCUAGAGGUUAACAAAGUUUACCUAAUGGUUCCAUUAAGGAGAGGUAAAUUAGCUCAUUUAUCCCCUCAAGAGGCUAAUCAAAUUCUUAUUAGGGUUAAUGCAAUGUUAAUUAGGUCUAAAACAAUGAAUUCUUCAUUGAAGUUUUUACCUCUUAUUGCCAAGAUUUGUCCUACGGCGAGUGCUGGUGGUGAGAAUAAUUAUUGUAAGUCCGCUGCAUAUAAGAAAGAUGUGUUAGGGUUCGAGGGCGGUGGUGAGCUUGAUGAUGAUGAUUUGGUUGAAAAACCGGAUUAUCUUAGUAGGCAAGUAUCCGGGAAGAGUUGGAAGCCUAGUUUAGACACUAUUGAAGAGAAGAAAAAUGAGGUUAAGAAGGGGUCUAAUUGGGUGAUUGUUGCUAAUAAGGUUGGUAAGAGGAUUCAUAAUAAGGGCUUGGUUUGGGGUUAAAAACACAAUAUUAUAUCAUGGAGUGCCAUUUUAUGUUCUACGUAGUAUAAUACGUAGUUUUCAAAUAUCAAAAAGUUUGAGUGUAAAAAGUUAAUUAGGAAUGUUAUUUAUUUCCUCUAGCUUACUUGUGUAGUUAUUUUGAUAAUUCCUGCAUAAAUAUGCAUGAGAAUUAAUAUUUAUUGGACUUUGUGUAA